UCUCCGCAGCGGAGCCUCGUUAAAUCGCCCCGCUAGCCUUCGCGAUAGAUACGCAGCCGUAGGCAGUGAGCGUAAAUUGUAAACAACUCGCCGCCGAGCGAAGUUUGAGGAAGCGCGCACUGGUAAGGGACCGGGCACCUGAGUUGGCUCCGAGGAAUGUGAGGCAGCCACGCGAAUUCAUGUUGCGAGGUCCGCAGCUGCUUCGGCGCUUGCUGCGGCGGCUGCCACCUCGGCACCAUCGCGGCUGGUGCAGUGGUGGUUCGACACCAACGGGGAACCCGGCGCCCCAGGGUCGCGGCGAUUUGCUCUCUCUUCGCCCUUCGGAGCUGGUGGACUUCCUGCGUUGUCGAGGCAUCCAACGCUGCUACGCGGUGUGCGACGAUGGCGGCACCGUGCGCGUGUCGCACCCCGAACUCCAGGACCUGGCCGACUGGCUCAACUCGGGGUCCGAGCAGCAGUUCCGAUCGCACGAGGCCAUUCUCAUGCAGCUGGGUCUGCGGACGGGCUGCCUCAUGACCGCCUUCCUCUGGCGCACCGACCGUGGACAAGCCUAUGGAGGCAUUCGAUUGCAACCAUAUUCGAGCGUGGAGCAGCUUUUGCGGGACGGCCUACGCCAGUCAACCCUCUUGGGAAUCAAAGCAGCCUUGGCUGGUGUCUGGCUGGGUGGCGGCAAAGGCAUCAUUCCACAGCCUGAGAACCGGCAGCACGUGCAACCUGAAUUCCGGCAAGCGCUUUUCUUCGAUUACGGAGACUUCCUGUCAUCUCUCAAUGGCUGCUAUGUGGCAGGCCUGGACAUUGGAGUGAAUAGCCAGGACAUGGCCAAUGUUCAUGUGCGCACCCACUGGGCUGUCAAUGUACCGGGAGACAUGGGUGGCUCUGCUAACGCUGCCCCACUGCUUGCUCGAGGAGUUGUGUGCGCACUGGAGGCCAUGUUGGAGCACAACCAAUUGGGCAGCCUGCGAGGCAAGAGAAUCUGUGUUCAAGGCGCUGGAAGCAUUGGACGGGCGGUGGCUCUCAGCUUGGCCGACCACGGCCUCGCACAACUGCACGUCACGGAUGUCCACCAAAAGCGGUGUGACGACAUUGCCGAUCUGCUUUCCCCAAGGCUGGGUAACCGUCUACAGGUGUCACGUGUUCCCCAUGGUGAUCUAAGCCUCCUGGCCGAACCGUGCGACAUCUUCGUACCUUGCGCCAUGUCCCAUGUCCUGACUCCAGACACCAUUCCAAGCAUGGAGGCCAAGAUAGUAUGUGGUCCGGUAAACGAGCAGCGGCUCUCAGACUCAGACUGUGACCUCUUGGAUGAGCACGGUGUACUUUACGUGCCGGAGUACAUCUUCAACCGCAUGGCAGUGGUGAGCUCCGCAUACGAGAUGUACGGACGCAUGCAGAAUGACCCCGAGAUGGAAAAACACUUCGGCCGCGAUUGGGAACACUCGAUUGGUUCCCUGGUGCGCUACGUCCUGAGUGAAUCUGCGGAGCGCGGCUGCAGCACUGUGGCUGUGACUGACGAACUAGCCGAGCGUUGGUCUCGUAAGCCACACCCACUGUGGCCUGGCCGUGCGCGGGCACUGCUCGGCGCCUUGCUGGAAAAUGGGUGGCAUCAGGGCCGAGACUUCUGGCGGCAGAGGCACAACUUUCCUAACACACACGGAUAUGCGGGAUGAUGGCGACCAUCGGUUGUCUCACUUAACGGAUAAAACAGUAUGAAAUAAAGCC